GUGUGUCUUCACAUUCCUGAUUCGAGCUUCGUGUUGAUUCCUGUGUUGUCUUCUCAAAAUACAGAGAAAUACAUGACGACCUUCAGCCAUGCGAUUAAACUAUCCUUAAUAUUCCUGAUCCACACAGACAUGAGAGUAAUCAAGAUUGUGCCAGCAUGCCUCUCCAAGACAGAAAGUCUAGAGGACCAAACAGAUCACAUCCAAAACCUAAAGACAAGGAGCUUCUUGAUCUCAAGAGACUUUUAUCACUGAUCACAGCUCCAGUGUCCAAACAGGUUUCAUCUUUGAGUCAAUCCAAGGGACGGAAGUCUCAGAACUCCUCAAAUGUUCCCGACCACCGGAAAAACGGCACAAACAAUGAAGCAUCUGAGCUGGAUAACUUUAGUGUGACUUACAGAAACCAGAGAUGUUUUAGUGACCAGCCACAUCACACGCUGUUUCUGGACAUCUUCACUGCCUUGAUCAAUAACAGACUCGGUUGUAGCAACUGGCUGGAAAAGUCCUCCUCAGACAACGUUUUAAGAGUUCUGAACUGCUUGAGAUUGUUGAUCAGGGAUCCUCUUCACCAGAAAGUCUUCUUUGAACUGCAAGGUGCUGGGCAGCUCGCUAAGCACAUGGAGUCGGUUGCCACUGUGUAUCUAGAAUGCAGAGAACAGACGUUGGAAAUUGAGCAGCUGGUUGCAAUGACAUAUAUGUUUCAGAAGUUGUCUUCUGUUGAGGAACAAAGAAAGUGGAUUAUUCACUGUGGUGCACAUAAGACCCUCGUGAAGCUGCUCUCUACACGGGACAGUAGUGUAGUAUUAGGAGCUCUCCUGGCUCUCACCUCACUUGCUGAAAGUCAAGAAUGCAAAGAGAAGAUCGGAGAGCUGUCUGUUGUGGAGCAUAUUCUAGUUGUGUUACAAGAAUAUGACAUGUUAUCGAAAAGGUUGAGCGCGGAGCUGCUGAGGUUGCUGUGCUCCGUGCAGUGCAUCAGGGAGCAGGUGCGUCAGUGUGACGGGGUGCCGGUUCUGCUUAGCCUCCUGCACUCGGAGCACGUGAAGCUGCUGUGGAGCACGGUCUGGGUGCUCGUGCAGCUGUGUCAGGAUCCGGACACCAGCACUGAGAUCCGGGCGUGGGGCGGCGUGCAACAACUGCUGCGCAUCUUGCACGGAGAACGAGUGUACGUGUCUGAUCGCUCCACCAUAGACACGCUGUCCAGCGCCAAUGCGGCAGGCAGGAUACACAGACAGCACGUGUCAGUGGAGGUGAGCCCUCAAGAAACAGCGGAGAACACCAUCAAUCUGCAGGCAGCAUGCUGUGCAGCGAUCACCGAGCUUGUUUUGGAUGAUACGACAGCACAUAAUGUGGUGCAGGAGAACGGUGUGUACAUAAUUGGCAAACUGAUUUUGCCACAAAGCUUUAAAGAACCUCAAGCUAAAUCUCUACAGUGUUAUGCUUUCAGGGCCCUACGAUUCCUUUUUAGUAUGGAACGCAAUAGACAUCACUUUAAAAGACUGUUUUCUCCAGAGUUGUUUGAGAUGUUUAUCGAUGUCGGGCACUAUAUAAGAGACAUUACUGCAUAUGAACCACUGCAGGAGAAAAUCGCACUCUUAUCUGAGGAGGAGUUGGAUGUUCUCAGGGAAAGCAUAGAGACGGUGAACCAGAACCGACCUCCUUUGAGAGUGAUCAAUGGUUAUGCGGUUUUGGACCAUCUGGGCAGCGGUGCCUUUGGCAGCGUCUUUAAGGUCCGUAAGCAGAGCGGACAGAACGUUCUGGCACUGAAGGAGGUCAACUUUCACAAUCCGGCCUUUGGCAAGGACAAGCGAUCUAGAGACAGCAGCGUUGAGAAGAUUGUGUCAGAGCUGACCAUCAUUAAAGAACAGAUGUGUCAUCCAAACAUUGUAAAAUACUUCAAAACAUUUUUAGAAGCUGACAAACUCUACAUCGUGAUGGAGCUCAUAGAAGGAGCUCCACUGGCUGAACAUUUCAGUACUCUCAAAGAGAAAGGGCAGACAUUCACCGAGGAGAGAGUCUGGAACAUUUUCAUACAGAUCUGUCUGGCUUUGAGAUACUUACACAAGGAGAAACGGAUCAUCCACCGAGAUCUCACGCCAAAUAACAUCAUGCUUGGAGAGAGAGAUAAAGUCACUAUUACUGACUUUGGUCUCGCUAAACAGAAACAGGAGAACAGUAAGCUGACGUCAGUGGUCGGUACAAUACUGUACUGCUGUCCAGAGAUUGUGAAAAACGAGCCGUACGGUGAGAAGGCAGAUGUUUGGGCCGUGGGCUGCAUCCUCUAUCAGACGGUCACCCUCACACCUCCGUUCUACAGCGCAAACAUGCUCUCCCUCGCUACUAAGAUUGUGGAAGCGGUCUAUGAUCCAGUGGAAGACAAAACUGUCUCUGAGAGAGUGACUGACAUGAUUAAAUGGUGCUUGACUCCAAACGCAGACGAGCGUCCUGACAUCAUCGAGGUCAGUUCCAGAAUUUCUGAUAUAAUGAUGAAGUUUGUGGACAGUCUCUGUGCAUCCCAUAAUUCACUAGAGAGAAGGGCAGAGCGAGACAGGAAGAGAGCGCAGAAGUAUUUCCUGGAGAGCAACAAGACCAGGAUGUGCAUCCCACUGCAUCAGAGCGUUGGCCUCAAAGAACAAGAUGGUCAAGAUCAAUCACAGACUCAGAGCUUUGAAACUUCUACAUCUGUUUUAGCAAGUGGAGCAGAACAGAAGCAAAGUCAAGACAUGUCGCAGUGCAUUGUGAAGGGUUCUGAUGAACUGCUCUGUGGAGAUUGUCAAAAGUCAAAAGCACGACCAGCAUCAGCAGGAAUUUGUUUAUCUCAGAGGAAAGUUCGACAAAUCGAUGAUCCCAAUCAAAGGCUUCUUGAACUUCUGCAUAAGAUCAUAUUCAUAACUCAGCUCCCACCAGCUCCACAAAACAGCUUCAAGCAGCGGGCAAUCGAGCGCUUUAAGAAGCCGCUGUUCACGUACGGAAGUGAUCCAUACAAUCUGAAGGUGGAGCUCAAUAAGGUUCUUCAAGGGAGUCAGGAGCUGGUGGAGAUGUCAUCAGCAAGCAGGGAGUGGUGGUCCAUGAUUCAGUCUCUAAGUUCAGACCCAUCCGCUGCUGAAAAUCGGGAAUCCGGUUACUCCAGUCUUCAAGACGGGCUCACCUACGAGGAAAUACAGAGUAUGGUGGAGGACGUGCUGGAGGAGAACGGCUAUUACAGUGCUGCUCUGAGCAGAAACGAGCUGGAUUCAGGAACAGGAACGAGACGAACUCAAACCUCGUGACCUGCAGCACAUCAGUGAUUGACAGCUGUCAUGUCUGGAGACGCUCUGCAUCACAACAGCCUCUCAGGUCAAACGUGACACAUGCACAGACGACCUCGAAUCAUAAGCUGAUAAUGAGCAUCUAAAGAACACAUGCUGAUAUUUGAGUAGAUUGCAAUAGUCAAUGCACGCACACAGAUGAUUUACCUCAUAUGAAUCUGUGCACUUUAAUGUGUGUGAUCUUCCCUACCUUUUCUGGUCAUUCUUUUUUUUUUCUUUUUUUUUUGACAAAACAGACAUUUGAAUUAAUAUGUAGUUUUAAUAUAAAAAAAAGUAGUUUAGUUUUUCCUAACUAAAUAAAUUCUAGACAAUUUAUUGCUUCUACUCAGGACAUGUUAAAAUAGACAGAGGUACAUUUAACAAAAUUCAGAGCAUUUAUAUGUGAUGUGUGUGUGUAUUUGUGUGUGUGUGUAUUUAUAAUACCAUUGUUUGUCUUUCUAUGUUUUAUGCAUGUUCAGUGGGGUCCAAAAGUCUUGAGACCACAUUAAAACUCUGGGAUUUUUCCCCUUAAUCCUGUAAAUAAAAUGACAUUUAAAACAAAAAAUAAAUAUUUAGUAUUCUGCGCUAUUUCUAGGAUACUAAUCAAAUGUAAGACUACAAAAUUUGUCAUUACAGUUUAUAUUAAGUUAGAAGAUGCAUUGCUUUUUAACUAGUGGUGUCAGACUAUUGGACCCCCAUUUUUAUUGUUUUUUUGGUAACACUGCACAGUAAGGUCUCACUUAUUAACAUUAGUUAAUGCAUUAGCUAAAAUUACCUAACAAUACACAUAUGGAUAUACAGUAUGUGUCUGUGUAUAUAUAUUUAUUUAUAUAUAUAUAUAUAUAUGUUCAUUGUUAAUUUAUGUUUGCUAAUUUAACUAAUGCUAACAAAUGAAAAUCGUUUUUUUUUUUUUUUUAUGCAUAAACUUUUUUUAGCUCUUCAUCUCAUUUUUCACUUGGAUCUCAGGAAGACUGACGCACUUUACACACAUGUAUGUUUCUUGAUUAUGUUCCCUGUCCUGUGUUUUCCUGAAUAAGGACUUUUAGAAUUAAUUGCACAACAUGCAAAUUUUGGAAUUGCAUUAAAUACCCAAAUGACCAACUAAAUUUAGAUUGUGCAUUACACAACCAGAGCUUAGUAUGAUGGGUGAUGUAUCCCACAAUGCUAGUGCGCUCAAAUAUGAUGAAUAAACUGGAACAUCAACCAUU